AUAUCAAUUCAAUAAAUUCAAUGUAUGUAUUGAAUAUCAUUUUGCAUGAGUUAGCAUUAAUUUGCUCAAAAUAAAUCAAUAAAUAGCUAAAGCUGCUCUGCUGAGAAAUGUUUUUCUUUUAAAUUCAGUAAUAAACAACAUCCGAGUAGUUAAACAUGUCAUAAUAACUUGUCCUUGUCGGGACCAACUUUGACAGGUAAAAUUUUUGUUCACUCCUCUUAAGAGUUUUUCACUUGUUAUAUUUCAAGAUUAGAUAAGGUAAGGGAUAAAGAAUAGAUUAAUUGUUUGUGCCGUGAGUUGCAUGGAAGGUUUCCUGUUAAACCUUAAGUGUGCUACUUUUAAUUUUGAUGUGGAAUUUAUUUCUUGUGUGGCUGGGGAAAUCCAGCCAGGAAGAUGGCUGUUACGUCGUUGCAAAGUACGACUACGCUGCACUCGGUCCUGAGGAGUUAGAUUUAAGGAAAAAUGAACGUUACCUUCUUCUCGAUGAUUCCAAACAUUGGUGGAGGGUCCAGAACUCGAGAAAUAAUUCUGGCUACGUUCCGAGCAACUAUGUUAAAAAAGAGAAGCAUUCUUUGAUAGACAGCAUGCUCCCUUUCAGCAUCAAGAGGAAAGUGAAGAAAAGCGGGAGUGGGAGCGGCUCCAAGACGCUUCCGAGCAGCAACAUGUCGUGCAGGGCAAUGGAAUCACCGACAAUGGCCCGUAGGUUGCCUGCAGACCCUUCUGAGGUCAUUGGGAUGGCCACAGUCAAAUAUAAUUACCAGGCACAGCAGCCGGAUGAACUUUCAUUAAUCAAAGGCACAAGGAUACUUAUAUUAGAAAAGAGCAAUGAUGGAUGGUGGCGGGGGCAGAGUGGGAUGACAGCUGGCUGGUUUCCUUCUAACUACACCCAAGAAGAAGCCGAUUCUGAUGAUGCACUUCACACUUACGCCAUGGCUGAGAAUGUACUCGACAUCGUCGUUGCACUUUACUCAUUUUCUUCUACAAACGACCAGGAACUGUCUUUUGACAAAGGUGACAGACUUGAAAUCAUCGACAGGCCACAGGCCGAUCCAGAGUGGUACAAAGCCAGAAACAGCCAUGGCCAGACCGGUCUCAUUCCCAGAAAUUAUGUUCAGGAGUUGAGUGAAUAUUUAACGCAACCCCUUAGAGAGGGAUCAGGAGUUGCAGGCAGUAUUUCUGCAGAGAAACCUCACCUAGUUGGAAAAGAAUGGUAUUAUGGAAACAUCUCCAGAGCACAGUGUGAUGCGAUACUCAAUCAAAGUGGAAAUGAUGGAGACUUUUUGAUCAGGGAUUCUGAAACCAAUAUGGGUGACUAUUCAGUAUCGUUAAAAGCACCAGGGAGAAACAAGCAUUUUCGGGUGCACGUCGAUGGAGCUCUUUACUGUAUAGGUCAAAGGAAGUUCCACACUCUCGACCAACUAGUGGACCACUACCAGAGGGCACCAAUCUACACAAACAAGCAGGGCGAAAAGCUCUACUUGGUCAGACCCCUACCGAGGGCUAACAACAAUUAAAGGGGAACUGUGGCAUAUAGUAGAACAACACAGUCAUCAGUCGGCCAAAACAUUGCUUUUACCUGGGUUGAGAAGCCAAAUUCAAUCUGGCCUUCUUGAUUUCAACAAUUGAAAAAUCCUUCUGAUUGUCAAAUCGGUCUGUUUUUAUUUGAACACUACAUGCUUCUUUUGUUUAUGCUCUCAAAUAUAGUGUAAGCGUUUAUUUACAAAAGCAGAGAUUAAUUUACUACACUAGGCAUAAGAAUCGUUUUAUAUAUAUAAUAAACAAAAAUCAAUGUGACAAUAUCUACAUUUAGAAAGGACUUUCAUUUUGGUAGUUUUUAUGUAUGUGUUACAUUGCUUUGUUUUGUUUUGCUGUUUAAUAAGUCAAUUUUAAUGAUCAAUUGAAUUUAUUAAUCACUACAAUUGAUGAAUACAAUCUCUUUUGAGAUAUUACAUUCUAGUCGUCUCAUAAAGGAAAGGAAGACCCUUUUCAUCCAUACAGAAGUGUUGAAAAAACUUUCCUUUUUGUUGUUAUUUUUUUACAAGUGAAAAUUUUAUUUAUUAACUGUUCUUUUUUUUCUAACUAUUUUAGUUUGUUUAUUGCAUAAAUCAUAACACACUCGUCUUAUCCAACCAUAGGCAUUCGAUGGGAAGUCCAGUUUGUUUUAUCUCCAAUUUGCAUUUAUGUUUGCUCUAAAAAUAAGUCUGUCUAGCUGUAUGGAAACAGAGUUGUGUCACGGGCUGAAUCAAACCAAAGGAUUCGAAUGUGAUAUGCACUGACCGGGUUCGGCCGAGUCAUUUUUGAUACUUAGGAAAAAUGUAAAAUAAAAGUUUUAAAAAAAAAAUAAAAAA